AUGCCCGCACAGCAAUCCCAGCCUCCCCUGGCGCUGCCCCCAACGCUGUCGCCAGAGACCCUCGACGCCCUGACCGAGCUGGCGGCCAUAGUGUCGCGCCUGCGCCCGCCACAAUCGCUCCCCGGCGGCAUCACGGUCAACACUCCCGGGGCGGCCGCGACGCCGGCGGCGGGCAUCGGCAUCGGUGGCCCCAGCGGCGCGACCAUAUCCAUCAAGGACGUGCCCAACGCGACCGACACCGUCAAGCACAAGCUGCAGCGGGCACGGGCGCAGGUCAAGGCCCUGCCCGACAUGUCCAGGACCGUCGAGGAGCAGCGGGAGACCAUCGCCCGGCUCGAGGAGACGAUACGGCAGCAGCAGGAGGUCCUAGCGGCGCUGAGGAGCGUAGAUGGCGCGCACGGUCUGGACGCGGCCGACGAAGGGGGCGACAAGAUGGAUAUGUGA